CUCCGGGUGAAGUUUAAGUAUUGUGAUGAUGCGUGCUUGAGGAGAUACUUGGAAGCUUGAAACUGGAACAUAGAUAAAGCAAAGAAAAUGUUAGAUGAGAUGCUGAAAUGGAGAUCAGCUUUUAAGCCUGAGGAAAUCAGCUGGGAAGAAGUUGCUAUUGAAGGUGAAAUUGGAAAAGUAUACAGAGCAAGUUUUCAUGAUCGUUAUGGAAGGAGUGUUCUUAUAUUGAGACCUGGAAUGCAGAAUACUCAUGUACUGUUUGAUGAGGACUACAGCAUGUACUGGCGGAGGUCGGAACUCAUGAAAUACAAAGAUGGUGAACUCUCAUGGUUCAAUGCCGGAGUAAGAGUUGGAGUUGGAAUUGGGCUUGGCAUAUGCAUAGGAGUAGGGCUGCUGGUGCGUACUUACCAAGCAACUACUGGGAAUUAGAAGGCAGCUCAUGUAGGACAUCGCCUCUCUAAGUUCUACACCACAAUCUGCGAUCUGCGGAUACCUCAUAGAUUCUGCCCUCCUGGCAUUCCAGUCCAAUGUGCUUUCUCUCGUUGAAGGUUUUGGCUCAAAGUGUUUCGUUUCCAUGGUCGAGCGUGAGCAAAUUUUCAUGUGCUUUAUUUGUGGUAUCUUCUCUGUUUAGAGGGAGGCAACGAUGUGUAGAUUUAAUGAAUCUUGAGGUCAGUUGAGUUGAGUUUUAGUUUGGAGA